AUGACUUGCGUCCUGCUUUUCACAUACUUCGUAAAUUUUGUUGUGUGUGAAGACGAGAACACCGGUAGCGACAACAAGACCCGUCGUGACCCACGUGCCUACCUCCGUUUUGCCCCCCUCUCGCUGCCGUGGGACUUGUCGCUCUUUGCUACCGGUAUACAACAGUCGUUCCAGGGCUUUUCCAACAACCGGGACCAGCACAAGAACCUCAACGGGGGAGACGCAGCCAAGAGUCGAGACGCUAUGGCUAAGGAGGUCUACCGCCGCCUGUUCGGCUGGAUCGUAGACAAGGUGAACCGAUCCAUCGAGUGCGCGACCGAGGGACUGACGAUGGGCAUCCUAGACAUCUACGGCUUCGAGAUCUUCGACAGCAACGACUUCGAGCAGUUCUGCAUCAACUACGUCAACGAGAAACUACAGCAGUACUUCAUCGACCACACCAUCCGCGCGGAGCAGGACGACUACGAGGCGGAAGGCGUGGAGUGGGAGCACGUCGACUACUUCAACAACAAGACGGUGUGCGACAUGAUCGAGGGUCGUCAUGGGCUGCUAUCCCUGCUAGACGAGGUGUCUUCCUACAAGGACAACGACGGGAAGGUGCUCGUGAACCGCUACAACCGGGUGAUGGCGAAUCACGACCACUACUUCCCCGGAGAAGAGGCGGUGUAUGGAACCGGCUACGGACGGAGGAGGAGCAGCGCUUCCGUUAAUGGCUUCAGCAACGGCAACAACGGCAGCGGCAGUGGCAAGGCCUCGCUGACGGCGACAUCAUCGGGCAGGGCCGGGGCGGGUGCAGAUGCGGUGUAUUCCCGCGUUACGGUCGCCCGAGGAGACAAGCAUUUCUUGGACGCGAAGCAGAUGUUCGGGAUCAGGCACUUCGCCGGCAACGUGACGUACGCAGCGGACAGGUUCAUCGAGAAGAACGCGGACCGCCUCCACGACGACGUGAAGAGCCUCCUGGCAAAGUCCACCAACCCACUCGCCGCCGAGCUGUUCAGGGAAGGAGCGAGAUCGACAGGGCCUCACAACAAGGCUCGACGGCACCCGUCCCUCAGCGCGCAGUUCAAGAAGCAGGUGGACGCGCUGUGCGGAUCGCUGGCACGCUGCCGGCCGCACUACGUGAGGUGCAUCAAGCCCAACAGCACCAAGACCCCUCUCAAGGUCGACGAGACCAUGCUCACGCACCAGGUGACUUACCUCGGACUGCGGGAGAACGUGAGGGUACGGAGGCAAGGCUACGCGUACCGCAUGCCUUUCGAACACUUCGUCCGCAGAUACGGAUUCUUGUCUGAGUCGACCUGGCCCGACCGAGUAAAGAAGAAGUUCUGGCCGGACGGAACCCCCUUCGACCCUGCACACCCUCAAACGCCGCAACACCUCAUCAAGUACGACGAGGUUGAGGAAGAGUUCCAAGAGCUGCGUGAGGUGGAGCCCGACUCUGACGGUAGCAAGGAUAAGGACAAGGAGAGCGGCACGACAGACAGCAGCGAUGACGGGGUCACCGAUAAGGAGGCCCCUACCCCCCCCGUGCAGAGAACGCCCCCCAGGGCAAAGCCUCCGUCUGUCGCGAGGGCGACGCCUGCCAGGAUCCUGCAAAACUUCACGCCGGCAAGGUUGCGAGGGAAGGCAGCAGCAACACCCUUGUCCACCGCACGGACGUCGGCAAUGGCCGCCGAGCGUGAUGGUGACGGUGAUGGUGAUGGUGAUGGUGCACCGAAGCGAAUGGCGAUGGUGACGUCCACCAGGAUUAGAAAGGUGCCAAGGCGGGUGGACCCCGUCGACCGUUGGACGUGGGCACGGCGGGAGCUAUCCGCACGGCAGGCUACCUUUGCCCUGUUGGAGGAGGGCCGUCCGAAGCGGUGGGAGUCGCACCGCACCGGGGGAAAACCCGUCACGCUCAACGUCCCGAGGCUGUGCGCCGAUUCGGGAGACAUCAAGAUGGGGAAGACCAAGAUCUUCAUCAAGCAGCCGCACACGCUCUUUGACCUGGAGGACCAGCGACAGCCCGCGCUGUUCGCCGUGGCGGUGAUCAUCCAGUCCAAGGCAAGGGGUUUCGUGCGUCGGUCGCGUUACAUCAGGUUUCAGGCGGUCAUCGGGAGGGUGGCGGCGGUGGCGAGAGGAUUCCUGGCUCGACAGCGGUACUACCGGAUACUCGGAGGCAUCGAACGUGCUCAGGCCGUGUUCAAGGGAAACAAGCAGAGGGUCAGCUACAAGCGUCUGAAAAUCGCUGCGAAAGGACGCCCCCUUCGAUACUACGCCCUCCGAAUACAGAGGAACUACAGAGGGUACAAGGGCCGCAGCAUGGUGCCCCGGCGGACGCUCAAGAGAUCGAAGGCGCUCGGCGCGAAGAUGCUCGCAGCGUCGCGUGGCUACCGGGCGGCAGUCGUGAUCCAGACGGCCUGGCGUAAGCACGCGGCCCGGAAGGCCUUCAUGGUCCGCAGGAAGCAGACGGCGGUGGUUCAGUCGUGCUACCGGCGACGGGUCGCUCGCCAGCAGUUCGAGAAGCUGCUUCUGGAGGACUACAAGGUCACGAUAAGGGAGCUCAGGGGCGGCAUGACGAUGGUGAAACACACCGUCGGAACGUCUUUCCGAAGGAAAACGAAACGGCCGAUCGAGUUCACCUGCUCAAACCGAGGCGUCUUGUCGUGGGAUGGGUUGGGGAUGAUGCGCAAGGAGCAGAGCGUGAACAUCGCCUCCGACGUUCUGAAGAUAGGGCGCGAAGAUGGCGGGGUGUGGGUGGACCCAAGCUCGAUGUCACAAAAGAUCACUAAAGGAAUCACGAGCAGGACACUCAGGCGCACCGGAGAGGCUGCCAAGGGAGAUGGCGUCGCCACCCGAACGAGGCCGGGGCAAGUAAACGGCAGCGGCAAUUACUUGGUCCUCCAUCAGAGGUCCGGCAAGACCCUAGACCUUGAGUGCGAAAGCUACACUCACCGGGACAGCGUCAAGCGCGCGCUGUCGAAGAUCAAAGGGGAGUGGUGACCGACGGGCACGCGAUUGUUCAAGUAUUGGGCCGGCCAGCCCUUGUAGUCCGGUGUCCUGCCGUUUGAGUCAGGUAACUACACGGCUUCCAUGAUCUCUUUUGUGUGUGUGUGUUUGUGUGUGUUUUAUUAUUGGUGAUAAGCGUUUUGCCUGCUUGUGGGAUAGUGUCGGUCGUUCCGCCGGCCGUAAACUACUCGAUGAUGUGUCAUGUAGGCAGAUGUGGGGUAUUACAGUACGGUAGGGGCAUCGAUCUGGGCCUCUGUAGAAAAUGUAGCAGUCCUUGUUUAGUUUUUUAAUCCAAGAAAGGAAAGUUUUUUUUUGUGGUACAGCAGUAUGUCGAUGCGCGGAAAGUGGAGGAGAAGCGAUAGCGCCGCUACAAUAUCUCACGAAAGGUACAUGUAAGCGUGUUUGACGACGGAACGGGACCACGCGAGGAGAGAUUGAAGAGCUUUCGCGGCCAGAGCCUACUUGAUUUUCGUACCACAUGCUGGGGGUUGAGCUUUGCCGUUUCGGUUUUGUCAAGUCUAGUCUAGUCUAAUUUUGGCGGGUGUGUGUGAUGGCAGCAAGAGGGGGAACCUGGGUGUGUAUAUCGGAUUGCAUCCCCUAGUAGCCCCUCCCGCCUCCUCCCACCAUUUCGUCGUGAACGUGUCUACUUGUAGGCGCUACCACACGUUUAAAGGUGUUGCAAUGCAAGCGGCAGCAGUUGGCUGCUCUCAUCGGAACGGUGCGUGGCCUGCAUGAAUCAACUGCGCCCGUUCCUGUGGGUACUUUCGAUUUUUUUUUUUGUGUGCGGGGGUAUCAGCGACGAACAUCGCCGGGAAGGUGCAUGAACAUGCUAGGCUCUUGAGCUGGUAAACAAACACCGUUUUUUUGGAAAGAAAGGUGCGUUGGUCAUUUCUUCUUCUUGUGCGUGCAAGCAUCUUGCGGAGGC